AUGGACGAAAUAGGCAGUGGUGACCAAUUGAUACUCCUCAAUAAGCUUCUAAAUCCCCCUGAAAGGGAUUCAGACUCGGAUGGUGAGGAUUUUACACCCACUAAGAAAUCUUCGGUGACACCAGCCAGUUUCUUCACCGAAUCUUCACAGCAGAAAGUGUGUCAAACAGUCCAGAAAAUCAAGGAAAACUUCCCGAGAACACUCGAAGAAUGGGAAGCUCUCGAGGAAGUGCACAAUGAGGAGCUGGACACACGAAAGAGGCCUCAGUAUCAAAUAGCUUACAAGCAAGAGGUGAAAGUGGAGGAUGUUUUUCUUCAGAUGAGCAACAAAACGACAGCCACAAGCAGUUGUGAGGACAUGGUGAUCACAAUUGACCUUUCUGAGGAGACUGGAGAAGUGGAUCAAAUAGAUUUGAAGGUCACCGAGACGGAAAUUGAUCUGCAAACUCCCAUUUAUCACUUGAAAAUCCCUCUGCCUCACCCAGUUGAUCCGGACAGGAAGAAAGCAGCCUGGAAUCCAGAGAAAAAGAAGCUCACACUGACCUUGAGGAUGCGAAGAGAAUUGGACUUUGUCAACUUUUAAAAUCAUCUCUUAAAAUAUUC